GUUUUCACUGUUAUUUGUCAUUGAGCAUCAUAUUGGAAGCUCCUUGUUGUGUGUCUUCCUUAUUCAUAUAUGAUCUACCCCUUUACCUUUCCUUGCGGGAAUCAAUAAAGGAUUCUUCUCGUUCCUCCUGCAGCAACGUUUAACUAACCCAGUAACCGCUCCGUUUCUCAAAAAAUGGCAGUUCAAUGGCUCCUUUUGCGAAAUAUCCCUCUCAAAACUCUCUGGCCCCGCCAAUUUCUUCCCCUCUCUUCCCUUCCCAAUCAAAACCAUUACCAUAAUCUUGAUGCUAGAACUCUUCAAACCCUAUCAAAUGGGGCACCAGAUUCUUUCAUGGUGGAGAAGAUUCUGUUUAGUUUAAAGCAAGGUAAUAUGAAUUCUUUGCGUAACUACCGAUUUCGAUUAAACCCAUUAAUUGUAGCUGAGGUUCUUUCGCAUUGCCGUGAUAAUUUGCAGUUGGGUCAAAGAUUUGUUGAUUUUCUUGUAGUUAACUGCUCAAAUUUUAAGCAUUCUUCCAUGUCCUUAAGUGCAAUGAUUCAUGUUCUUGUGAAAUGUAGAAGGUUAUCUGAUGCGCAGGCUCUGAUUCUUAGGAUGAUUAGGAAGAGUGGGAUUUCGCGUGUUGAAAUCGUGGAGUCUUUAGUUUCGACACGUGGGAAUUUCGGGUCGAAUGAUUCAGUUUUUGAUUUGUUAAUUAGGACUUAUGUGCAAGCUAGGAAGUUAAGAGAAGGAUCCGAGGUGUUUAGGAUUUUGAGAAGAAAAGGUUUUUGUAUUUCUAUUAAUGCUUGUAAUAGUCUUCUUGGUGGGUUAGUGAAGAUUGAAUGGGUUGCUUUGGCUUGGGACGUGUACAGGGAAGUUGUUAGAGCUGGGGUUAAAGUAAAUGCUUAUACAUUAAAUAUUAUGGUUAAUGCUUUGUGUAAGGAUAGCAAGAUCAGUAGUGUUAAGUCGUUCUUAUCAGAAAUGAAAGAGAAGGGGGUUUAUGCUGAUAUUGUGACAUACAAUACAAUAAUUAAUGCAUAUUGCCAUGAAGGGCAUUUGGAAGAAGCAUUUGAGUUGAUGAACUCGAUGCCAGAUAAAGGGUUGAAGCCGGGUCUUUUUACUUAUAAUUCAAUUGUAUAUGGGUUGUGUAAGAGAGGAAAUUUUGAAAAAGCGAAGGAAGUUUUGGAUGAGAUGUUGCGGAUAGGGUUGAGUCCUGAUACUGCUACUUAUAACACAUUGCUUGUUGAGAGUUGUAGAAAAAAUAAUAUAUCAGAAGCUGAAGAUAUUUUCAAUGAAAUGUUGCAUCGAGGUUUUGUUCCUGAUUUGAUUAGCUUUAGUUCUCUUAUUGGGGUGUUUGCUAGAAAUGGACAUAUUGAUCAGGCUUUAAUGUAUUUUAAUAAUAUGAAGAGAGCUGGCUUGGUUCCAGAUAAUGUGAUUUAUACCAUUCUUAUAGAUGGGUAUUGCAGGAAUGGUAUCAUGUCAGAGGCUUUAAAGGUGAGGAAUGAAAUGCUAGAGCAGGGAUGUAGUAUGGAUGUUGUUACUUACAAUGCCAUUUUGAAUGGGCUGUGCAGGGAGAAGUUGCUCACCGAAGCAGACAAUCUAUUGCAUGAGAUGGCAGAAAGGGGUGUCUUUCCUGACUUUUACACUUUCACAACACUCAUUCAUGGACAUUGUAAGGAUGGAAAUAUGAAUAAGGCACUAAGUUUGUUUGAUGAAAUGACUCAAAGGAAUAUUAAGCCUGACAUUGUGACAUACAACACCUUAAUUGACGGGUUUUGCAAGGUAGGUGAAAUGGAGAAAGCCAAGCAGCUUUGGGUUGGCAUGAUAUCUAGAAAGAUUCUUCCUAAUCACAUUUCUUAUGGAACUCUGAUAAAUGGUUUUUGCAGCAUAGGUCAUGUUUCAGAAGCAUUCAGAGUGUGGGAUGAAAUGGUUAGGAAUGGUAUUAAGCCCACUCUUGUUACUUGUAACAGUAUCAUCAAGGGCUAUUGUCGAUCAGGUGAUGCAUCGAGGGCUGACGAGUUUUUAUCCAAGAUGACAUCAGAAGGAAUUAUUCCUGAUAGCAUCACAUAUAAUACUCUUAUCAAUGGAUUUGUCAAAGAAGAGAAUAUGGACAAAGCUUUUGUUUGGAUUAACGAGAUGGAGAAUCAAGGGCUUUUGCCUGAUGUUAUUACAUACAAUGUAAUCUUGAAUGGGUUUUGUAGACAGGGUAGAAUGCUAGAAGCUGAAAUGGUAUUAAGGAAGAUGAUUGAGAAAGGCAUAGAUCCUGAUAGGUCUACAUAUACAUCACUCAUAAAUGGACAUGUCACCCAGGACAACUUAAAGGAGGCAUUUCGGUUUCAUGAUGAAAUGAUGCAAAGGGGGUUUGUGCCUGAUGAUCAGUUUUAAUCAUUCUUGGUUGAAAUAUCUGAUGAACUUUGUUAAUUUUGUUCUGUGCCAAAUAUAUACCGAAGUCAGGAAUGGUCAAGAAUACAGUGAAGCAGAUAUCUGAAUUUGUCACUCUAGAGUUGAUGUUCAUUAUAUUCAGGUGAGAAUUUCAGAUAGUGAAGUUAAUGCAUUUAGUCAGCAUGCCGGAGACAUCAGACAAGGGAUGUGAAAAGUUUGCAGAAAUCAGUUUGCCCUUCCAUUUUUUUAGCUGAAAGAUAUUGAAACUCAUUAAUGUUAGGUGAACAAAUGCAAGGAGGAGGGAACAAGGUAGAGUUCUAACAUGUUGCAACAUGUAUUGUUUGGCAAAUGCUGGAAGCCAGAUGAGAGAGACAAGGUAGAGCUCUAAGGAGUUGCAGUAUGUGUGUAUCUUUUAAAUGGUGAAAGGCAAUACCAUAAAUCUUUUGUUGAACUUUUUCAAGGCAUGAUCAAUAAAUUGACAAGCCAACGAUUAGAUUUCUUGUGUUUCAGAGCAUGGUUAACCAACAUGUGAACUAGUUAAUAAUGAUUAUUGGAUUGGAUUUGAUUGACUGACAGAGGGGGGCUUAUCUCUAAUGGAGUUCUGUAGUGCAGAUGAUAACUACGCUAAUUCCUAUCCAAAUGGUAAGGAGGUUGUAUGAAUCCAGUGGAGUAUAUCUGAGAUCAAAAAGGAAGAAGGCAAGUUUUCCUAAACAAAGCUCAGAAGAUUGUUGGAACCUCUGGUUACUUCUACAGUCUCUUCCAAACUGGUAGGAGGUUAUGUUUAAAGAUGAGCUGAUAAAAAGCAGAUGAUGUAGCCAGGAGAUCUAAAAUGGGAAGAUCUCUUUUUUCCAAAAUGACAUUAGUUGAAAGUCAUGUGGUUGAUUUUGCUUCUUAUUGUGGCUGCUGGUCUGUUGUGUUCUUUGUAGUUCUUUGUUGGCAGCUUCUUUCUUUUAUUUGAUCUGCUGGAACUGUUGUUAGUGGAGUUUUCUA